AUGAACUUCUUUGGUGGAGGUCAAGAGCAACAGCCUCAAGGCCCAGAGCCGGUCUUUGCUGCCAAGACGGAAAUGGAAAUGUACACCGAUCUUUUCAACAAAAUCGCAUCCUCUUGUUUCCAGAAGUGUGCCUCGCGCAAGCACCGGGAUCAAGAUUUGUCGCUCGGGGAAAUGACUUGCACAGAUCGAUGCGUUUCGAAAUACCUAGAGGGUCAACAGUUGGUUGGAGUUGUUCUUCAAAAAGCGAACGAAGCCCAAGUACAACAGCAACAAGCCAUGAUGCAAAUGCAACAACAAAUGGGAGGAUAA